GAUAAUGUCUUAGCAUUGGUUAAGUAAGUUUGUCCAUCGAAAACUUUCAUCAAACAUGAAUGCCUCCUCGCUUGCCUUUGGCUUCCGUGCCCUCGCAUUUCUCUCAUUCCUCCUUCUCUGGGGUUUCUAUCUGCUAAAUGGCGCCCUCAAAGCAAAUGUCCUGGCACCGUUGAACGGAAAGCUGAAUGAAGAUAUCCCACUCAAGAAUGAUUACACUGGAAUAUUCAUCAUCGACUAUCCAGUCGCUCUCCUCGUCGCUUUCUUCCAUUUCGGUACAAAUGGAUCGGACGAAGGGUUCCAACUACUGGUAUUCGAGGGCUACUCGACGCUCGAGUCCUCGUUUGUAUGGGUUUAUGCAGAAAUGAUGAGACCAGGCAGCAAACCGUGGACAAUAGCAACACCGCUUCUUUUUGCGACCCUCUCACAGUUCCUGGGCGGCGCAAUAUCAUUACCACUGUACUAUGCCUAUCAUCUCUUGUGGAUUGACGGUGCGGACAUCCUUCGUAUCCGGGACAGAGACGCAGCUAUGGCACUGCCAUUCAGUUUCCUACUAGGCGCUAUUUUACCCGCUAUCCUAGCAUGUGCACCAACUUGGAACGGUCCAGACUCACGAUCACCCGAAGCCCAUCAGAAAUACAUGGCCAUCUUUCAAGUAAACCCCCUUUGGGUGACAUUGCUUCAGACUCUGCUGCCAAAACUAUUCCGUUGGCUGCAUCCUAACGAGAGUAGCGACCGCCCCCAAGCGUCGAAGACAGCACAUACGUGGGUUCGAACGUCAUAUCUAUUAGCAGCUGUUUCUUCAGCCAUGGGCCACAUCUAUACUGUUGCACGGCUAUACAUGAGCAGCGAGGAAGGAACUAACUUGGCACGGAUGCGAAUCCCCUCUCCACCACAGGGCCCUGCCAGCGGACUACCCGAUGUUCUGGCUCGAGGUACAUUUCUGUAUUUACAAUACGACGUUCUGAUUUUCGAUUUUGCUAGCCUAAGCUGGGCAUUCCUGCUGCUCUUGCGGAUGUUUAAUUGGCCCAAGGCGUCGAAUCUUACGUUAGCAUUUAUCAUGUUCAUUGGAUACCUCACGAUUGGGGCCGGUGCCACAGUCUCCUUAGCUCUAUACGUUCGCGAGAGCCUACUGUUGGAGAAGGGGAAAGGCACAAUUGAGUAGUGAUCCGGCACCAUGGUCUCUGCACCCUAGUCAAACGUGGGGAUGCUCUAGCGGAGUCGAUGCUGGUUAUUGAAGAAAAAAAAACAACAAUUUUUUUUGUACUGAGCCGCGGAACAGACUACUGUAAAUGUGCGCCAUGCUAUGCGGUGAAGUCUUGACCUGGUGCAUUAGCUUGCUGAUGUUAUACUUAUACUUUAAAUGCAGGGACAGGGGUAUGGAAAAUCCACUUCGCAUUAUUGUAAUGGUGAGGGAAAAAAACCCAGAGAUCAUCCAAGGCUUUCUAGUCUAGACUAGCUUUUAUGCGUGACCCCUGUAUGUCAUACGCCUAGUGUAGACGAAUUCAGGAAUCCCAUCAUUCCACGACUUGUCGCAGCCGCUAAUGUAAUGUACUGGACCAGAAGAUCUGAUCCUUACGAGGUAGCUCGGUAGGUUCUUGAAGAAUGGAGUGGAUGCAGUUUAUUUCAUCAUACACUACAUACUGUUG